AUGCGAUUCCAGAACCUCGUGUUGGCUUUCGGUGUCCUGGUCCACACCCAGCCCACGCCACCAGAACAAUGCGCCACUGGAGUGCACGCCAUUCUUAUCCGAGGCCAGGGACCGGGCGAUCACUUGAAUGUAAUGGUGACCAUCCAGAAUCUAGUCUUGCAACUUAUUCCAGGUUCGACUAGCAUAGCUUUGCCCUAUAAACACGGCGCAGACGAUCACCGUGUCGCUGCUGGCAAUGGGGCGUAUCUGAUGCAGCAGUAUAUCCGAGAAUACAUCGCCGACUGUCCAAACUCGAAGAUCUUCCUACAUGGAUACUCAUUGGGAGGAAUUGUCCUGAUGGAUGGUCUAUGUGGAACCAGUUCGUCCUGGCUAUUCCCUGUGACGGCACUAGAGCCAAAGUAUAACAAGAGUGGUAAGCUCCAUCGUAUCAAAUCCAUCCCAGCCAGAAUUUUCCGGUUUGGCGGGAGAACCCUAAAUAUGUCUGGAACGCUAGUAAUUGCCGCUGUCUGCUACGGCGAGGAGACAUUCCUGCCGCAACAGCCCUGGAAUAUCGGGAGCUGCACCGAUGGGACGGGGUUGUAUCCACGCAUUCACCCCGAGUGGUGCGAUCCUUUCAAGGGAUCGCUGCGAAGCUACUGCGACACGGGCGAUGUGGAGUGCUGUCUUGUCAAUGGACAGUCCGGUGACAAUCUCGCGCAUUUCUUGUAUAUUUUUAAAUAUAAUAUGGAUGUCAUACACUUCAUUCAGCGCCGACUGAAUGAGACGCGUUCUCAAUAA